CGCUGCCAGUUUGCCCCCAGCUCGUGCUCGCUCCUCCGUCCUCCCGCCGCCACACCACCUCCCCGCAAUUCCCAAAUCGCCCCUCCGUCGAAACGGGAGCCCCGCGGCGGCGCCCCCCAACUCCAACCCUCCCCAGCCCACUCCACCCCACGACAUGGCCCUUUCCCGCCGCCUCCUCCCUCUCUUCCUUCGCCGCGGCGCCCCCGCGGUCCGCGCCCUCUCCACGGCUGCCGCGCCCGCGGCGGCGGUGGCCUCGGAGGAGGAGGAGGAAUCCAUCACCGUCAAGGGCGUGCGCAUCUCGGGCCGCCCGCUGUACAUGGACAUGCAGGCGACGACCCCCGUGGACCCGCGCGUGCUCGACGCCAUGCUCCCCUUCUACCUCUCCCGCUACGGGAACCCGCACUCGCGCACGCACCUCUACGGCUGGGAGUCCGACGCUGCCGUCGAGGCCGCGCGCGCCAGCGUCGCCUCCCUCGUCGGCGCCGACCCGCGCGAGAUCUUCUUCACCUCCGGCGCCACCGAGUGCAACAACAUCGCCGUCAAGGGCGUCAUGCGCUUCUACCGCGACCGCCGCCGCCACGUCAUCACCACGCAGACCGAGCACAAGUGCGUCCUCGACUCCUGCCGCUACCUGCAGCAGGAGGGGUUCGAGGUCACCUACCUCCCCGUGCGCAGCGACGGGCUCGUCGACCUCGCGCAGCUCGAGGACGCCAUCCGCCCCGACACCGGGCUCGUCUCCGUCAUGGCCGUCAACAACGAGAUCGGCGUCGUGCAGCCGCUCGAGGAGAUUGGGCGCAUCUGCAAAGAGAAGGGCGUGCCGUUCCACACUGAUGCCGCGCAGGCGCUGGGGAAGAUCCCGAUUGAUGUGAACAGGAUGGGGAUUGGCCUCAUGUCCCUCUCCGGGCACAAGAUUUAUGGCCCCAAGGGCGUUGGGGCGCUCUACCUUCGCCGGCGUCCGCGUAUCAGGGUGGAGCCGCAGAUGAGUGGUGGUGGGCAGGAGCGUGGCAUCCGCAGUGGCACAGUGCCCACGCCGCUUGUUGUUGGAUUUGGUGCCGCCUGUGAGAUUGCAGCUCAAGAGAUGGAUUAUGACCAUAGGAGAGUCAGUGCUCUGCAGCAGAGGCUGCUUGAUGGCAUUCGUGCGCAGGUCGAUGAGGUUGUCAUCAAUGGAAGCAUGGAGCACCGUUACCCAGGCAACCUGAACUUGUCAUUUGCAUAUGUGGAGGGGGAGAGCUUGCUGAUGGGGCUGAAGGAGGUGGCUGUGUCGAGCGGCAGUGCAUGCACUAGUGCCAGCUUGGAGCCCUCAUAUGUUCUGCGUGCACUCGGGGUGGAGGAGGAUAUGGCGCACACCUCUAUUCGCUUUGGUAUUGGCCGCUUUACUACUGAGGAAGAGGUUGACAGAGCAAUUGAGCUCACUGUGCGUCAGGUGAAGAAACUCCGUGACAUGAGCCCACUCUAUGAGAUGGCCAAGGCUGGCAUUGACCUUAAGAGCAUCGAGUGGUCUCAGCACUGAGGCAGUUUUCAUGACAAACAGGCACUCCUAAGUUCUCUAGAUGUACACAGAAUGCAUACAUAGCCAUAGGUAUGUGGCUCUUAGUUGCCUGCCCUCUGUUAUGUGCUGUUUUGUUUCAAAAGAGAGGCUGCCAUGGUUCCAAUCACCAGAAUCUCUUUCAGACUGGUGAAGACAUUCCUAUGGGUGCAAUCAUCUCGAGGUUCUGUUAUACAGGAAUGGAUUCUUCAGCGGUAGGAAGGGCUGAGAUGUAUUCCACGAGGGUUAGCUAUGCCUUUUCUUUAAUGUAGAUAGAGUAUGUUGAAACAAAAUAAGGAUACUUCAAAUACUUGGUAUUGUCUGAAAUACAAUUUGAAGGCGCAGUGUCAGUGCUGUGAAUAUAUUUUGGUCUGAUAAAUGUUGUUAUUUGCUCCUCA